AGGCGUGUAUGGUAAUUCUGAUUUCCUCUAAUAUAACGAUUGUACCUGUACUAGCGUCCACAAGUAAUGGCUACCACUGCAACUGAAAGUCUUAACAAGUCAGACAGUCCUAGUAAAUCUGAAACAACAACCGAAGAUGUUAAGCUUUAUGUUAACGAACAGAGGUUUCCACAAACAUGGACUUUUGUAAGAGUAUUGCUGUUCGUGGUGGCAUUCCCUUUAUGUUUUGUGUUAGGCAUCAUCAGAUUAUUCAUAGGGCUUCAAGCCUUAGUUAUUCUCUGCGUCAUGCCUAAAAGAUUAAAACUCAGAAGGUACUUUUUGCGGUUGGUAUUAAUGCUGAUAGGGGUGUUUGUUAAUAUUCAGAAACCACCUAACCAAGAUAGUAAACCAUCCGUAAUAGUGAGCAACCACGUGUCAGUAUUGGACCGGUUGAUAAUAGAAUGCUCCUUAGUAUGUUCUACGUUAAGUGUACGCGAUAUCCCGCUCCUUAUAAGACUAGUGAUAGGAUCAUUAGAUCUCACUCCACGCCACGAAGCUCCUCCACCAACCACUGUCGCUAAAGCCCACCUCGAAACUUCGGAUGUGCCCAUACUAACGCUGCCAGAACAAAUGAUGACCAACGGCCAGGGUAUCCUGAAGUUCGCAUCAUGGCCUUUUAGUAUUAGUGCAAACGUGCAAGUCGUAUGUAUUGAUAUACAGAGGUUACAUGUGCUGACCCCACAUCUUACUUACCUGUUUUCAAGUCCCAUUGCAGACUUUUUCUGGACUCUGUUCUGCCCUGCACACUGGGCAAAUGUCAGGUACCUAACUGUUGGAGACGACUGGAGAGAAAAGAAUCCAGAGCAAAGAGCGCUCCAUGCGCAGAAUCUUAUCAGCACUGAGCUAGACAUUCCUGCCCUGAAGCUAACAUGUCACGAUGUUAACGAGUACAAGAAGACCAUCGUCAAGCAACGUGCCAAACCCGUUGAUAUCGACAGUUUGGUCAGACAAGUUAUUGAGGUCCUGCCUAACAUUCCCGAAAGUGAAAUCAGAGCUGAUCUGAUGAGAACAAAAGACACAACUCAAACUAUAUACAACCUGGUGAGGACUGCGCCUAAAGAAAUUAAAAAAGCACCCAAAACUACCCCCACAAAGUCCUCUGGGCAAGGUAGCCUAUUCAAAGAUCCCGUCGCCAGAUCCAAUAUGCUGGAGCUGAAGAAAGCGGAACUCAUCGCAGACGGACGGAGGAGGUACAUCGAGAAGAAUGGGUUAGAUAUUGAACCAUAAAACCAACACAGCCCACAAUCUCCUGCCGCACUGCGCAACGGAGCUGGUUCAACUCUCUCUUUAACGCUAAUAGUUCCUGUUUUAGCUGCUCAAGGAAUAAGGAUGAUAGUUUUAACUCGUUUAUUUAGAAGGUUUAAACAACUCUGGCUCAAUUGUGAGAAAUUUCCUUGUAUGAUAAUAAUAUGAUGAUGGUAAUAACCUAAAAUAAUUUAAUUGGUACAGUGCGUUUAGCAUUAAUUGUAUCAAAUAUGAUGUAUGGGGCUGUUCAUGUGAUUUUUCUUAUUCUAUUUGAUAAUUUGUUUAGUAAUGGCGUUUAGUAAUAAUGGAUUCGAAAAAGCAUAAUUUACUAAAUAUGAAGAUGGGAUAUCACAAUAUUUUCCCUCGCUUAGUUUCUGCACAGUUUCUGCUGCUGUGAGUUUCAAUUUUGCUUUUUUCGAAGUCUAUAAUCCCCGUAGCCUUUUCAUCUCGCUGAUCUUUCUUUUUAUCGUGUAAAAAUUUGAAUGAAAUGUUAUUGUUGUAGAAUUUAAACUUUGAUAUGAUAAUUCGUGUACAUG